UCCCUAUCUAACGGUUCCUUGGUCGAAUAAUGUCGACGUAGUCGCCAGGCCCUUUCCAAAAUGCCUCUCCUUGGGAUUGGCCGACCCCGAGAUUUCUGGGGCGUAUUUUCAUAUAAGUUGCCGAGCGCUCGAAAUGUACUUCUCUCCAGUCACCAGAUUCCUGUGCUCCUAGCUGACUGGGAGACGUAGUCAGUUGGAAUAACCAAGAAAUACCUCGCCCCAGUGCCCGGAUUCCAAGAGCCAGAAAGAGGGCCGACAUGGCAGCAAGCUCAUCUGCAGACACGACCAACAAGGGCGAUCAUACCGCGGCCGAAAACACUCCAAGGAUGCAGGACAUCGAUAUGGGCUCGACCGAGAGUCAAGAACCCGAGUACGCCACAGGGUUCCGGUUGUUCCUCGUCAUGUUCACCAUCUUUAUGUGCACCCUCCUCACCGCCCUGGAGAUUGGAAUCAUCGCCACCGCGAUUCCCGGUAUCACCGACGACUUCCACCGGCUCGAAGAUGUGGGAUGGUAUGGAAGCGCGACUUUCCUCCUCGCCGGGGCCUCGUCGCCAAUGUGGGGAAAGAUGUAUAAGUACCUCAGCGUCAAAUACACCUACCUUGCUACCGUCGCCUUGUACUUGGUUGGGAGUCUCGUGGCAGCGGCGGCUCCGACUAGCGCCGCCGUCAUCGCCGGCCGAGCUAUCCAAGGAUGGGGAGGUUCGGGCACUCUCAGCGGCUCCGUCCUCGUCAUCAACUAUGUGGCUCGGCCUAAGGCGCGCCCUGUGCUGAUCGGCCUUUGGAUGGGCGUCUUCAUGGUGUCGACCAUUCUCGGACCCGUUAUCGGCGGCGCCUUUACGAGUGGGAUCACCUGGCGAUGGUGUUUCUGGAUCAACCUGCCACUUGGAGGUCCCAUCGUCGGUUUCUUACUGCUCUUCUUAAGAGUACCGAAGCACAUAAAGCCUACCCCGGCUACCUGGAGAGAGAUCAUCUUACAGCUUGACCUUCCCGGCUUUAGCUUGUUACUUGUCUCCCUCAUAUGCCUGACCCUAGCUCUGCAAUGGGGCGGUCAGACCAAACCGUGGGACGACGGCUCCGUAAUCGCAACCUUGGUCCUUUGUCUUGCUUUGACCAUCAUCUUCGUCGUGGUCGAGGAGCUCCAGGGUGCGCGCGCCAUGAUUCCUCUGAGGUUGCUGAAGCCGCGGAUGACAUGGGCUAAUGCUCUGUACAGCUACGUUUCGAAUUCCGCCCUUUACCAAAUCAUGUUCUACCUUCCCAUCUUCUUUCAGUCGAUCCACGGCCAGUCGGCCAUCACGAGCGGUGUCAAUACCCUUCCUUUCUUGGCUCUCUUCGCCUUGGGAGCCAUGGUAAGCGGUGCGGUCAUUGGGAAAACACGCCUGCUGCAGCCCUACCAGCUGACUAGCGCAAUCUUGAUGACUGGUGGCGCAGCCCUUUUCUACACCAUAGAGAUCGACACGUCUUCGGCUUGGUACUUUGGCGCUGAGGUGCUCUUUGGAUUUGGCCUCGGGCUCGGUAACCAGAUCCCGAUGACAGCAGUGCAGGGUUUCUCUACGCUCGAAGACGUUGCGAAUUCGACCGGCAUCAUGCUCAUGUGCCAAUCCAUCAGCGGGGCCUACUUUAUCACGGUAGCGCAAUCCCUCUUCGCCAACCGUAUGCUCCAGACACUCGCGGUGUCGUCCCCACAGAUCGACGUUGUCAAGGUCUUAAACACCGGCGCGUCCGAACUUCGGCACGUCUUUAGAGGCGAUGAUCUAGCCGCUGUCGUCGACGCUUAUAUGGUUGGGAUCAAGGACGUCUUCGCCGCUGCUAUGGUUUGCUCGGCAGCCGCUGCACUCAUAGCUCUCGUGAUCCCUUUUAAGAAGCUUCCCGAUCACGGCGACGAGAGGACGGAGAAGGAGGCAGCCGUCUAGGCUGACGACUCAUUCCGACCGUGCGAACGGAACGUUAAAGCGAGUGACAAUUGAAACAGGAAAGGAGAGAGUCUUGGGUCCACGCAACAUGCUAUGGGUGAAGGGCGAAAGACCGGCGGUAGAUACGCUCUCAAGUUGGAGGGUACACUGUCGUAGCUAACCUCCUGGCUAGCUCAGGUGCCUGAC